UUUUUUUCUCUUUCUUUUUUUGUUAUAUAUUUAUAUCCUAUUUAUAGCCUCUUCUCCCCCCUUCUUUUACUUCAAAAAUGAAUGAUCAAUUUGAUUGCGCUUUAGACUUAAUGCGACGUUUACCUCCACAAAAUGUGGAAGAGAACUUGGCUAGGCUUCUUGAAUUAGUUCAUCCCGACUUAGUAGACGAGUUAUUAUCAGCUAUUGAUCAGCCUUUAAAAGUAAGACGCUGUAAAAAGACUGGAAAAGACUAUCUUAUAUGUGAUUAUAACCGAGAUGGUGAUUCAUAUAGAUCUCCAUGGAGUAAUGAAUAUGAACCAGAGCUACCAGAUGGAGCUCUCCCUUCUCCUGCUCUUCGUAAAUUAGAAAUUGCGGCUAAUGAAGCGUUUGAUACUUACCGUGAAAUGUAUUAUGAAGGUGGUAUUUCAUCUGUCUAUGCAUUUGAUAUCGAUGAUAAAUUUGCUGUUGUAGUAUUAAUUAAGAAAGUGGGUGAUGGAGCUAGACGUAUGAAAGGGGCCUGGGACUCUAUUCAUGUAUUUGAGGUUCAAGAACGCGGUCGCAACGCACAAUACAAACUCACAUCUACUAUUAUGCUUUAUAUGAUUACAAAUAAUCAAGAUCUUGGUGAUAUGAGUCUAAGUGGAAGUAUGACUAGACAGAUAGAGCAAGACUUUCAUGUUGAUGACCCUUCUGCUCAUAUUGCUAAUAUUGGACGUAUGGUCGAAGAUAUGGAAAUGAAGAUGCGUAAUUCAUUACAAGAGGUCUAUUUUGGAAAGACAAGGGAUAUUGUUAAUGAUUUAAGAAGCUUGGGUUCCUUAGAAGAGAGUAGAAAUCAAGCAAGAAUUCAAAAGGAACUUGUGGGACGUCUUAUGGACAGAAAUAAAUAAUAAAUAAAUGAAGUAAUUUAAAUUCCGCUAUUUUGCUUAAAAUCAA